GAAGUAAAAAACAAGAAAAGGGUAAAAGGUCUCUCGAAGCUCUAACAAGACUACAACACAUCCUAAGAGUUCUGUCAAUAGAUCAACAAAAAUGGAUUUCAUCGACGAUGCCAUCAUUCACCCUGUUACCGCCUUUGUGAAGAACAGUCGCAUGUUAAUUCGCAAAUGCCAGAAGCCCAACUACAACGAGUUCACGCAUGCAGCCUUCAUGACGCUCAUUGGGUUCUUAAUAAUGGGAUUUCUAGGCUUCUUUGUUAAACUAAUAUUCAUCCCAAUCAACAACGUCAUCCUUUCUAGUUAGAAUUUGAUCAAAAAAUAAAAAAGGUAAAGGGGAGUGUUGAAAUACAGUAUUAUUUGUUUGUGUGUGGUUUCUGCGACUUUUUUGGGCUUUUAAUGUCUUGUAACUUAAAAAGGUAACCUAUAUUUUUUAUUAAAAAAUUAUGCAGUGUUCAUGGGGUCAUGAGGCGUCGGUGUGCGCUCUUGGUAGAGGAUAUAUUACCCCUUUACUUUGUGAAGGGGAGGACGAUGGUGUUAAAUCGUGUGUGUGUCUAUCAUUUCCGUAUGAACAGGUUUCCGUAAGGAGGACUG